AUUAUUUCGGAUAUAGACUGGAACCAUGGAGGUUUUGCGUGAUUAUGAUGAUGAUGAUGGAGAGAGUGUGAAAUAUAAGCCUGGUGGUGGUCGUUUGGACAUGAGUCACGGGUUCCUGCAACACAUCAGGAGGAAUCAGAUCGCCAGGGAUGAUUAUGACAAAGAGGUAAAACAGGCCAAGGAGAAGCAGAGGUCUAGACACACGACCACCCCUCGCCGCCCGAGAAGACCAGACCGUCAGGUAUACCACCCACGCAAUCAGAAUGGAUCUGAGCCUGGUGUAAAUGCCGAGCCAGACGACUGGAAUGAGAGCAGCUCCGGCACGGAGCAGGAGAGCUCCGGAACAGAGUUAUUCUGGCUUGACUACCAAGCUGACAAUGGGCACAUAACAUCAUGUAUUGUUCACAAGGAGGACAAGCCAGAAGCUAUUGUGGAACGAGUUGCAGAGAAGAAUGUUCUGGACUCGGCCAUGAGGGCGGCGCUGUUGGCACGUGUGGGACAUGAAAUGAACAAGCGGUGUGACAAAUGCUGAGAUGCAGAGAGAGAGCAAAACAUGUAUGACAGCACAAAGCUUACAGCAUCCAUAGAUGUCUUGGGCACAACGUCCAGGUGUAUUCUUGAAUGAGAGUGGACGCUAACCUCAAGAGAAAAGACGCUUAUAGAGACACUGUGAAGCUUGAAAACUUCUGUCUUGUUAGAGCCAAAACCACAUGUAUUCUCUUCUCAGUAAUGUAGAGAAAACAGGACCUAAAGAGUUUUUUCAACUGGAAAUAGUGAUCCAUUUGUCACUUCUCAGUUUGGACAAAUGUUAAGAGAGUGUGACAGGUGCUUGGAGCAUUGUACAACUGAGACCGAGGAGUUGUGAAUCGAUUCUCGGAGGAAUCAACUCCACACAAGGGUGUGAUGUGUUCGCACUGUUUUUAUUUACUCUGUCACUAAACUACUUAAACUUAAAAGACUUGAAUGAUCAUAAUUUCUCUACUGAUCAAUGCAACUCUUUUGUAGUCCGUCAGCCAUUAGAAAAUCUGAUCCGCUUGUUUAUCUAUGUGAAGCAAUCGCACAAGCCUUUCAGCACAUAAAACAUCUGCUUUCCAAAGUGGCAUUCGUUGUCUGCCAGGAGGAUUUUACUUUUGAUUAAUCAUUAUUAUUUUACACGUUGUUUUAUAGCAGUUUUACAGAAAAUGAUGCUGUUCUUUCUGUAAUGUCUUAAAUAAAGCAAACAAUCAAGUAAAAUGCUAAAUUUAUGACAAAGUUGUCAAAUACAUCUGGCCAGCUUGAUUCCACUUUCUAGUGCUUGACACAUGCGCAGAGCUAAAGGUGUUGCUAGGAAGUGUAAUCGAGAUUGGUCUGUUCUCUCCCAAAACCAUUUGGAUUGCUUCAGAAAGCAUGGAUUUGGAACAUGGAAGUCGUAUGGAUUACUUUUAUGCUGCUUUUAUGUGCUUUGGAACUUCAUGUUUUGGUCACCAUUCACUUGCAUUGUAUGAACCUUCAGAGCUGAAAUUUUCUCCUAAAAAUCUUUGUUCUGCAGAAGAAAGAAAGUCACCUCUGGGAUGGCAUGAAAGUGGAAAUUUCAGAUUUAUUUUA